UUAAACAACCUGCACAAUCAAGCCUAUAAAAACAAGCUGACUCUAAUUACCCUGACGAGCCUGCAGAAUGAUGGAAGGAGACUGCAGCAGAUCUGAGUCAGCUAAAAGCUAUGGGCACAUUCGUUUAUCAGAAUUGGAUCAGGGUUUCCUCACAGAUUGCAGCCUGUCUGCUGUGUCCACUGAAGGAUCACUCAAAGCACCUAAAAGCAUUGUGAUUGAGUAUGCCGAACCCAAUUUAACCCUUAUUGCUUCCUGUAACCGAUUUUCUAGUGUUUUAUCUCCUUUGAAUCCUUCAUCUAAGAUGUCCCUCCUGUCCCCAACCAUCACAACCCAUUCUGCUGGCAUGAGCAGUCACCUGGAGGGUAAGUCCUCUACCCCUUACGAGAGAAUGACCUUCCAGAAACCAGUCCUGGCCAACUCUUUAGAUCUUUCCUCCAUUGACCUGACCACCUCUCACCCUUCAUGGGAAGUCUCACUCAUCAAACCUAACAUGGAGAGCCCCAAGCUGUGUUUGGAUUCCAGUAAAGUUGAGUUCAUAUGGAGUCCAAGUUACCAAGCUACACCUCCAACGCUGGCGGAGAUUUCCUCACUGAUCUGGUCUGGGACGCCGGAGGGUCCAAGGUCAUGCAGGGAAUUUACCUUUCAGGAUUCAAACCUGCGACAUGCUGUGCUUGAGCUGACUGACGAGCAGCAGAAGAGUUUGUCCAAAAAUUUGGCUAUGUAGCUGUG